UUUCGUGUGUACACUGGAUGUGAGUCAGCAUCAUUUUGAUAAUGAUGAACUAUUGUUGUAGUGUACCCUAAUUUUUAAUAGCUUAUGCUGUGUAUUAUUAAAAUCAUUGUUUGGCAUGUACAGUUUUACCAGCAAUGCAGGCCUUUGUGGUAUACCGGGGCUACCUACAUGUGGGCCUCACCUCUCCACUAGCUCUAAGGUUGGCAUUACAUUGGGGGCAUUUAUAGCACUUGCACUUAUUUUCAUCUAUUCCAUAUGCUGGUCUAAAAGACAACAGAAUAUUCUUCGAGCUCAGAAGCUUGCUGCAAGGGAUGCUCCAUAUGCAAAAGCGAGGACUCACUUCGUGCAUGACGUGCAAAUGACCAGGCCCUACAUUCAGGACCAAGCUCGAGUGGUUAUUGAGAUCGGGCCCCGCUUACUCUCUCAGCUAAACUGCCAUUUGCUUUUGGUUCCACCAAUGUCAAUCUCUAUUCCAUUCAUUUAUAACUUGUCGAUUGAGGUUUUACAAGUCACAUUCUACGGGUUCUGUCUUUGUGCAGAGCUUCCUCCUUUGAUGGGAAAAUAGUUCUGAAAAUCCCCCUGGCAGAAUUGAUUUCUUCCUCUGUCAUGUAUGCCAUUCUCAAGUAGUUUUUCUGGUUGUAAGGUGUAUAUCAAGAGUUAAUGUAUAUUCUGCAUUCUUUUAGGGAUUCCUUAGAACAUCAUGUUUUCAUGUGUGCUGGGAACUAAA